UAAACAAUAGAAUGAUUUAGUACUCCUAUGGUUAUGGGAGCCAUGUGAUUUCGCAUCUCAAAGGCAUCGUUUAUCCUCCCUCUCCCUGCUGCUGCUUAUCCUCCCUUCACCUAACUACUUGUUGCAAUCAGAAGAAAGAUCAAUCGAGUUGAAGAGACGGAUCGGAAGCUAGUCAACGUUGAUGGGUUCGUGAGUGAUGUUAUGAUCCGUCCCUCCCUCAUAACCGUUGGAUCCGAGCUGGUGCAGAAGCUAAUUACCUGAAGCAAUUUGUAGAAACGAAUAGUACUGGAGAUCGAGCUGCGGGCGUACGGCAGGACCGGAGGAGGACAUAUCAGCCGGGUUCCUGUUGGUUGUGUACUUGUGUUCCUGCCGACGGAGAAGCAACUAACCAUGGCCGAGUUAGUAAUCGGGCCACUGAUCUCCAUGGUGAAGGAGAAGGCAUCCAGCUACCUGCUGGACCAAUACAAGGUGAUGGAAGGCAUGGAGGAGCAUCGCAAGAUCCUGGAGCGCAAGCUGCCAGCAAUCCUGCACAUCAUCCAGGAUGCGGAGGAGAAAGGAGCCUCCCGACCUGAAGUAGCAGCUUGGCUCAAAGACCUCAAGACAGUGGCCUACGAGGCGAAUGACAUCUUUGAUGAAUUCAAGUACGAGGCGCUUCGGCGAGAAGCCAAGAAGAAGGGCCACCACAGCAAGCUUGGAAAUGAGGUAGUGAGACUCCUAGUCCCCGCUCGUAAUCCCAUUGUAUUCCGUUACAGGAUGGGCAAGAGGCUACGCAGCAUUGUGGAGACCAUCGAGGCCCUGGUCACCGAGAUGAAUACAUUUGGUUUCAGCCACUUGCAGCAAGCACAGCCAUCAAGGCAGUGGCGACAGACAGAUUCCAUAAUCAUUGACUCCGACAGAGAUAUUGUUAGCAGAUCUAGAGAUCGGGAGAAGAAGAAAAUCGUGGGGAUGCUCCUUGAUCAAGCUAGCAACAUGGAUCUCAUGGUUCUUCCAAUUGUUGGGAUGGGUGGGAUGGGCAAGACCACCUUUGUGCAACUCAUUUACAAUGACCCUGCAAUCGAGAAGCACUUUGAGCUUCGUAGGUGGUGCUGCGUGUCAGAUGAUUUCGAUGUCAGUAUCAUUGCAAGCAACAUUUGCCAGACUAAUGAGAAAGGUGAAAAAUCAUUCCAAGAGCUCCACAGUAUAAUAAGUGGAAAAAGAUACCUCAUUGUGUUAGAUGAUGUAUGGAAUCGGGAUGUUGAUAAGUGGGGAAAACUAAAGACCUGCCUUAAGCAGGGUGGCAAGGGCAGUGCAGUACUAACAACAACUCGUGAUGCAGAAGUGGCUCACAUUAUGAUCAUGUGUGUAGCUGAAGCACAUAAUAUCGAGAAUCUGAGUGAUGAGCAUUUAAAGGAAAUUGUCCAGAGCAGAGCAUUCAGCUUGCAAAAUCCAAAUAUUGAAGAGCAAGAUGGCAUUCUCAAUGGAUUUGUUCGUCGAUGCGUUGGAUCUCCCUUGGCUGCCAAAGCCUUUGGCUCUAUGUUGAGUAACAAGACUAGUAUAAAUGAAUGGAAGGAUCUAUUAGCUAAAAGUAAUAUUUGUAGUGAGAAAACCGGAAUUUUACCGAUCCUCAAGCUCAGUUUUGAUGACCUAUCCUCAGAUAUGAAGCAGUGUUUUGCAUUCUGUGCUUUAUUUCCUAAAGAUUAUGAGAUCGAUGUGGACCUCUUGAUUCGACUGUGGAUGGCACAUGACUUCAUACCUGUGCAGGAGGAUGACAAUCCAGAAACCGUAGGAAAAUAUAUUUUCGAGGAGCUAACUCGGAGGUCAUUCUUUCAAGAUGUCAGGCAAACACUUCCAAUUAACGCCUUUGGAAGGUUGUCGCUUCGUAAGUCAACCAUAUGCAAGAUACAUGAUCUCAUGCAUGACAUUGCUCUAUCUGUUCUGGGGAAAGAAUGUGUCACUAUAGUUGGUAAGCCAAGUGUCAACAAGUUGUUGCUAAAUCCGACCCGCCACCUCUUCUUAUCAAUACAUAGGGCUGUUUUCUGGAAAGAACAGCUUACAAGUCUAUUGAAGAAACAAACUGCAAUGCUCCAUACGUUGUUUUUUACAGGUUAUUAUCGUGACCCCCUUGAUAUAUCAAAGUACACUUCACUGCGAGCAUUACACCUUCCAGCAGAUAGGUUCUUACGUGUAGGACAGGAACAGCUUACAAGACACAUACAACACCUAAGGUAUCUUAAUCUGUCGUCACAUGGGUUCAAGAAACUUCCUGAAGGUAUAAGCACUAUGUAUAAUCUACAAACGUUGGACCUCUCUCAUUGCACAAACCUUCUUCAACUUCCAAAGGAUACGAAGUAUUUGGCAAACCUCCGACACCUCUAUACCCAUGGAUGCAAUUCAUUGACGUGCAUGCCUCCAGGACUUGGACAGAUCACUUCUCUGCAGACUCUAACAUAUUUUGCUAUUGGUGAUGGCUUGGGAUGUAGUACUAUCGGAGAACUUCGAAACUUAAACCUUGGUGGAGAGUUAGAGUUAAGUGGUCUGCAAAAUGUAACAGAAGUGCUUGCAAAAGCGGCCAGCCUUGAAAAUAAAGAGAAACUCACACACUUAUCUCUCAAGUGGAAUGAUCAUGCUCGUGCGAAACCAGAUUCUCAUAAUGAGGUGUUAGGUUCCCUUAAACCUCAUCAUCAGCUGGAGAUGCUAAGCAUAAUUUUCUACAAAGGCACCAAUUUACCGUCAUGGGUAACAGAUCUUAGUCUGCUGCAGCACUUGACCGAGCUCCAACUGGUUGGUUGUACGCUGUGUGAGGAAUUUCCUCAAUUCUGCCAUUUCAAAGCCCUUGAAGUUUUGUAUUUGGCAAACUUGGACAAAUUGCGAAGCCUAUGCAGCCAUAUGGUGUCUACGCCAUUUCCAGCACUGAAGCAACUCCGGUUACAUUAUUUGAAGAGCUUGGAGAGAUGGGUCGCAACAGAAGGAAAAGAAGAUGAAUUAACCUUUCCUGUACUUGAGGAGAUUGAUAUAAAAAACUGUCCAAAGUUGACUAGCCUACCUGAAACACCAAAGCUCAAGGUUGUAAGGCUGGAUGAAGGCAAGCCGCUGCUCUCCUUAGGAAUAGUUAAAUCAAGGCACAUGUCUUCAAUUUCUGAGCUACAGCUGUAUGUCCAUGACACAGAAGCACUGCCUCAGAUAGAUUAUAAUUGGGAUUCAUCACAGAAACUGGAACUAUCUUUGGGUGACACAGAAGCCGCACCUCUGUCGCGACUGAGCAUAUCUGGCUGCAACUUUUUCUUUGUAUCAAGCCAGUCACAGCUAACACCUGGGGUCUGGAAAUGGUUUGAACAUCUUGUAUAUUUGACAAUUCAACACUGUAAUGUGCUCAUCUACUGGCCAGAAGAAGUGUUCCAAAGCUUGGUAUCUUUGAAGGAGUUGUGGAUUCAGUCCUGCAACAAGCUAAUAGGGCCCACACAAGCGAAAGGUGGCAAACCUACACAAACAACAGAUCAAGUCCUGCCACAUCUAAACGCGAUAACUAUACGCAAUUGUCGAAGCAUGGUACAGCUCUUCAUUCUUCCCCCAUCUAUCAGAUUUCUUUAUAUUGAGUUCUGCCCUAAGCUUGAGUUCAUAUGGGGAAAGGAGGAGCAUCUUGACACAUAUACAUCGCUGGAACAUUGCCGCGACCCUGCAUCCACCACUGGUACCCUAGAGCAAUGGAUGUCUCCAAUUAUUCGUCGUCCAUGCCUCGUCAAUCUAAUAAUAAGAGGCUGUGAUAGCCUGGUAACACUUCCAAAUCUACCACCGUCCCUCAAAUGUUUAUGCAUCUUCAGCUGUGAGAAACUCUGCUCUGUGUCAGGAGACCUGUGUGCACUCGAGGAACUAAAUAUUUUUUACUGCGAUAAGUUACAGUCAGUCAAUUCCUUGGGAGACCACCCAUCAUUAGAAAUACUGCAUCUUCAUGACUGCCGAUGCCUUGAAUCUUUAGGAUGUGAUGGUGGUCGUGGGAGUUACUCUGCUCUUCGGAGCCGGAAGAUCGAACACUGCCCAGCCAUAGACAUGAAGCAGUUUUACUAACGCCAUCAAACAGCUGCUUGACAGCUUUGAAUAUUCAAUUCAAGCAGCUCUGAUGAAGGAUUGCAGUAGACCCUGUGCGCAUGUUUGGAUUCAUCCUUUCUCCUGAUGAUGAUACGACUCAGUGUCUUCGUGGACACUAUGUGACAGUUGGUCAGGAGAAGAUCUUCUUUGAUCUUGUCAGCAGUGUUAAGGCAAACAGCUCUUCAGAGCCGUAAGAUCGAAUGCUGCCCAGCCAUAGACACGAAGCAGUUUUACUAACGCCAUCAAACAGCUGCUUGACAGCUUUGAAUAUGAAGACGUAUCACACGUUCAUUCAAGCAGCUCUGAUGAAGUCUUGGAUGCAGUUGACGUGCAUAGAGAAAUUCUGGAAAUAUGUGCUAUCCCUUGGUGUUGAGAUCAGCCGAUGCGGAAUCACUGAAACGAGAACUCAUGGAGUCGUGCUUCUCAGUUUUGGAGAGCAAUUUGUGGUGAAUGGAAGCAGUCCCAAGGCUUCAAGAACUCAUGGAGUCGUGCUUCUCCACUGCCAGGGCCUAAACUAGACAUGACCCAUUUUUUUGUCCUUAAAAAGCAUAAAGGAGGGCACUCACAUGUACGCACGACUGCCAUCUGGAAGCUUCAUUGCAAGCCUCUGCUAACGAUGACAGGCCUGCAGUGGAUGACAAAAACGACAAAGUUUUUUUCACGGCACUACCGGCUGCUGUUUGCCGCUGUGUAGGGACAAUAUGACCUAUCUGGUGGUAUCAAGAAGGUGUUCACGACUAUCUGGUUCUAGCUUGGUCUGCUACAGACGAAAAUAAGAACCUGUUCAUGAUCACGGUUCCUGCUUUGGAGAGGAUGGCUGGUUCUGUCAAUGUUUCUCUUUUCAGGAUUGCAGUAGAAAGUUUGGAUUCAUCCUUUCUCCUGAUGAUGAUACGGCUCAGUGUCUUCGUGGACACUACGUGACAGUUGGUCAGGAGAAGAUCUUCUUUGAUCUUGUCAGCAGUGUUAAGGUAAUGCCUUUUGCUGUUGAUAUCUGUCAGCCCCCAAGGGUUUCGAAAUGGUUCUAAUCUCUGUUGUUUCAAGGCAAAUGAAGAAACAUUUAGAUGUCUUUUGCCAAUGAAAUGUCUAACUAUAUAGCUGCAGCAGUCAGAUCUAUUUUUGUUUGUGUAAUAUGCAAGUCUGAAGCUCCAGCAGUCAGAUCCUAUGAAGCAAUGCAGCAUCAACAUAUCAGCAUCAGAUGUUCUUUGUUUAUGAACUAUUGUAAAUAUGGAUGGCUUUAAUUAUCUAUGAACAACUACAUAAAUUGAAAUAUUAUUGUUGGAACUAA